UGCCUGUCGAGUCUGCGCUCUCAGAGUUGUUUUGGAAACCUCCGCGACGUGUCUGUAGCCCCGCGUCACAUCAUGUAAAUUAUCCCUCACUCUAGGCGCAAAACGCACGGCAGAUCGAUUCAAAAAUUGAAGAGAGAUCGUUCAGGACCUAAGGUCGGCGACCUAUUUGAUUUGUCGUCGGUUUCUAGGACACGGACAGCAGUGAAAGCGAACUCGGUGGCUAUCAUACUUUCGUACGUAAAAAAAAAAGUUGGUCGGGGCUUCCUCUUGCUUUGAGAGCAUUUCGUAAUGUCCUAAGGAAGUAAAUGAGCAGAACUCCUGCUCUCAUGGUAAGUGUUUGGAGAGAACAAUGAACGUCACCACUUCUCCCUCAGCCUCUCUGGAAAGGAGAAGAGCAGAAGGAGCAAUUGGAACGUCACUGGAUACAGGUGCGGAAGAUGGAGGAAUUGUUUGUUUGCUAGAGGGACACCCUCAUGAAGAAGAGGAAAUGGCAGGAUGUUACACUGCAGUCCUGCAAGGGCCCAGAGUCACGCCGAUGCUGCAAUCUGCCCAGGCUGUGCUCUCCCCCAGGGCCGACGAUGGCGUGGAGGGGGGACCGGACGCCACACACACACCACAAGGAUCUGAACACACCAGUGGGGUCACACACACACCACCAGAGACAGGCGAGCUCACACACACGCCGGCGCAUACUGAAGCGUCCGCACAACUAGCACAAACACACACACCAGCAGCACACGACACAACCUUAACCCUGACUGGAGAGACAACACAAACACAGCAGGCAAACACACCAGUACACACGUCACACACAAUCUCAGGUCACUCCACACAGCAGGGAAGAGCAUGUGGAGAGGAGGAGGAGGAGGAGGGGGGAGAUGGAGGAGUGGAAGCGAAAGAAGACGGAGAAAGAGAGAAAGAUGGAGGGAUUCAGCAGCCAGAGAGAAGAGAGGCGCCGAGGAGAAACCUGUGGAGUCUGAGGGAACGAGGGAUGAAUGAGAGGCGGGACGAGGGAAGGAGAGAGAGGCCGCGCGGCGGCAGCCUGGAGAGGACUACGCCCGAGGAGCGCGGGAGGGGGUGGAGGAGAGGAGGAAAGAUGUCCAAAGAGCACAGCAGAGAUGGAGAGGAGGUGGACGGAGAGAGGGAGGAGGCCAGGAGUGGGUUGGAGGAGGACAGGAGGAGGGUGAAGGAGACGCCACACCAUCACAUUCUGUCCCGCGUACUGGUGCACUCCUCAACAUCCUCUUCCUCCUCCUCCUCCUUCAACUGCUCCUCUCCAGAGAGCGACGAGGUCUUCAGCGAAGGGGAGGAGACCUCUUCUCGCCGGAGAAUCAUGAGGAGGUGUCGAUCGUGGAGGACCUUCCUCACCAUGAUGCAGUGGUCCAAGCGCAGGCAGAGUUCCUGGGUCCAGCUGGCUGGCCAUCAAGGUAACUUCCAGCUGAGUGAGGGAGGUGAGGUGUUGAAGCGCUGGAGUGAGACGGAGGGGGCGUGUCUCAGCCUGCUGAUGUCAGACGUCCUGCGGGUGUUUGUGCCGCGCUACUACGGCCCUCUGUGUCGCAACGGCAACGAGUACCUGAGACUAGAGGACCUCCUCACCGGACUCACCAACCCAGUCAUCAUGGACUGCAAGAUGGGAGUGAGAACAUAUUUGGAGGAGGAGAUAGCCAAGGCCAGGAUGAGCACCAGCCUUCGGAAAGAUAUGUACCAGAAGAUGAUGAAAGUAGAUCCAUCUGCACCCUUGGCGGAGGAACACGCCCAGGCUGCUGUGACCAAGCUGCGCUACAUGCAGUGGAGGGAUUCAGUCAGCUCCAGUUCAACCCUGGGCUUCAGGAUUGAAGGCAUCAUGCUGGAGAAUGGGACUGUAUUGCGGGACUUCAAUAGGACCCAGAGUAUAGGUCAACUCAUAGAUGCCUUCAUCACCUUCACCAAGAGCAAACUCCACAUCCUGAGGGCGUACCAGUCCAGACUGCAGGCUCUGAGUGACGCGCUGCACGAGUCAGAGUUUUUCAACACACAUGAGCUGAUUGGCAGCUCGCUGCUCUUCGUCCACGACAGCUCUAGCAAGGCCAACGUGUGGAUGAUCGACUUUGGGAAGAGCAUGCCGACCCCCGAGGGGAUGCGCCUGCAGCACGACGUGGCGUGGGCCGAGGGCAACCGGGAGGACGGGUACCUCAUCGGCCUGGCCUCCAUAAACCGGCUCCUGGCCAAGGCCAUCAGGCGAGCCCAAGGCAGCGGCCUGGAGCGCUCGGACUCGCAGACGCUGGCUGGGGAUGGAGAGGACGAAGACGAGGACGAGGACGAGGAGAGGAACACACAGCCUGUGCAGUUUGACGGCUUGAGCCCCGCACAGUGACUCCAGCAGGGUCAGGAAGCAGAGAGGCAUCAUCACAGAGGCAGCUACCACUAUUGAGGAUCAGCCUGCUGGCACCAGGGACUGGAUGAACUGAACUUCAUCUUUAAUAACAAAAUAAGCUGUAGCCAGGCGCGUACACACACUCCAACGCACAGUGAUAGUGACUGUAAUGCGUUUUGAUAUUUCUUCUCUUUUUUUUACCUGAGGGAUAGGCCUACUGAUAUUGUGUGUGAAAUUAGUUGUCAAGGCUAUUUUUUAGAGUGCAACUUUCAAUGUACCAGUAUUAAAUUAUUUUAUUAUUA